AUGGAUUUCAGUGAUGAACGAAAACCACAUUGUGCCAAAUGCGAGCACAUGGGUCUGGAAUGCGUGUACAUUUCGCCAAUUAUGAAAGAUAAGAAGGAUGAGGCCGGUUCCGUUCCAUUGGUUAAGGUGGAGGAUGUGUCAAUACCUUCUCUGGUUCCCACGCCGAAUACUGGAUUUGGUGUAGACGCAAAACUCGGCUCGUUUCCAGGCGAUUUGGGCUCGAAUUCGGGUUCUUUGACUGAACCUUCGCUGCAGCCAAGUCUUUCUCCUACGAUCACCAACUCACCACCUUUGACUGCUGGUUCUCCGCUCGCUUCACCACUAACAACCCUCCAGUUUGGUUACACUGGAGCUCUCAACAUGCUCGAUCUGAGACUCAUGCAUCAUUACACCACCAAGGUCUGGCCCACGGUGACAGCAGCUGGCAUUUCAGAAGAGAAAAUUUGGAGUGACGACAUCCCAAUGCUUGCCUUCAAAUAUCCCUUUCUGAUGCACUCGGUGUUGGCAUUCAGUGCUACCCACCUCUCGAGAACCGAAAGAGGCCUGGACCAGUGCGUAACGUGUCACAGGGGUGAUGCGUUGCGGUUAUUGAGAGAAGCUGUUUUAGAGAUGUCUGAUGAGAAUACCGAUGCACUGGUUGCUGCGGCUUUGAUUUUGAUCAUGGAUUCGUUGGCGAAUGCCUCGUUACCUUCAUCUUCAUCACCUCAGGCACUCCCACCAUCUGCUUGGAUUUUCCAUGUCAGAGGUGCUGCUACUAUUCUAACUGCAGUUUGGCCUUUGACGGAAAGAUCGCGUUUCUACAAGUUCAUCUCCAUUGAUUUGGGUGAUUUGGGCGAUAUUGGAUUUGGAAUGAACGAGGAAGGUGAAAUUCCUGCUCGCUUCUCCAAUCUAGAAUGUUUCGAUGAUGAAAUCAGCGAUCUGUAUCCUGUUGCUUUUGACUCGCCAUAUCUGCGAACUCUUGCGUAUCUCAACAGACUCCAAAAAGAAAGAAAGAAGUCCGACUUCAUUUUAAGGGUUUUUGCAUUCCCUGCGCUUCUGGACAGGUCGUUCUUGGGUCUGUUGAUCGGAUGUGAUAUCUCUGCAAUGAGAAUCAUGAGAUGCUACUACAAGUUACUAAGAAACUUUACUGCAGAAAUGAAGGACAGAGUUUGGUUCCUUGAGGGAGUUUCUUCCGUUCUUCCAGUUGAUGUGGAACAGUACACUGGAGGCGGAGGAAUGAACAUGAUGCUGGACUUCCUAGGAGGUCCUGCUACUUUUGACGACAGUUUCACCAACGAUAUCGAUGAAAACGCUGCCAAGUCGGGCUUGUUGGAUACAGAUAAUCUGCCCAGUUCCAUAACGGAUGUUCUGGAUGGUGAUAACGGUUUCCUAGGGCUGAAAUAG